AUGCUUACCAUGGCGCCGUACAUUCGAGCCAUCGCGGCUCUUUCGCUCGUUUCUUCCUUCGUCAUCCAUACUGUCACUGCCGAGGGCAACUCUUCUUCCAUUGUCUCUGCUGUCACCGGUGUGGGAAACUCUUCUUCCAUUCUAUCUUCUUUCGCUACUGUGGGCAACUAUUCCGACGAUGUCAUCUCAGUCGACACGGCGUGGGACAACUACUUCCCGCCGUACGAGGGGACCUCAGACCCUGUCUUGAACGAUUUCUACGAUAAUUCCACCAUUGGGUUGGAUCUGACGAACACCACUGCGUUCUGGAGCCAGCCAGAGAUGUCGUUAAUGGCUGCGAAGGACUUCUACUUGAGAAUCAUGCCGCUUGGUGCCUCGAUCACGGAAGGCGUGCGCAGCAGUGAUGGUAACGGAUAUCGCAAGUACAUCCGCGACCAGUUGCGUUGGAAAGGCUGGAGGGUGAAUAUGGUCGGUUCUAAGCAGAACGGCAACAUGGCCGACAAAGACAACGAAGGUAUGACAGACUAUCGAAAAACGUCCAGGAAAUAA